GGGCACGUAGCUGUUGACGGAAACGCUUUUACGUCAGCACGUGCAGAAGCCCACGGCUCGUUCUUAAGUACGCUAAUAUAAAUGCCUCCGGUGUAGCCGCGUCCAGCGAUGAGGACGCUGCCGUCCCUCCAUCGCGGAGAAGUCGGAGUCGGAGGAGGUCCGGACGUGGUCUGAGUGUUCCGAGCGUUCCGAGCCGCGCAGCCGACUCUCACAAACUUCUCGGGCCUUAAAAGGUGCUUUUUCCUGCGCCUCACAACUCGGAUCUGUGCCCGCAACUAGGAAGAUGUGGCGGAAUCUCCCUCACAGAGCGUGGCUGUCUCGGGUUUCCUGGAGGCAGGAGCUGUGCUUCUCCUCCAACGUGCCCCCCCAGCCGGUGCCCCCCCUGGCCCACACCCUGCAGGGGUACCUGAAGGCCCUGGAGCCGCUGCUGCCCGCCGAGGAGCUCAACCACACCCGGAGGAUGGUGCACGAGUUCAGCAGGCGGGGUGGGCUGGGCCCCAAGCUGCAGGAAGGGCUGGAGAAGAGAGCCAGGACCACCAGGAACUGGAUUGCAGACUGGUGGGUGCAGUGGGCGUACUUGGAGAGCCGACAGCCGCUGCCGGUACACUCGAACCCGGCCAUCUCUCUGCCCCGGAGGGAUUUUAAUGACUGGAGGAGCCAGCUGAUGUUUGCAACUAAACUGAUUGCAGCAGUUCUGGACUUCAAGACCAUAAUCAGCUCGGGGAAGCUGCCACCGGAGUACAUGCGAGGGAAGCGCCUGUGUGGGGACCUGUACCCGCUCCUCUUCUCCUCCUGCAGGAUCCCCGGCCCCAAACACGACUACAUCGCUCACUACGGCCGACGCGCGCCCAAACACAUCACGGUCGUCAGAAACUACCAGUUCUUCCAGCUGGAGGUUUACAACAGCGACGGCUCCCGGAUGACGGAGGGUCAGAUCCACUCGCAGCUGCUGAGGAUCCGAUCGCAGUCCUGGAAGACGGACAAGGAGCCGAUGGGCAUCCUGACCAGCGAGCAUCGCCACACCUGGGGCGAGGCCUACAACCGCCUGCUGAAAGAUAAACUGAACCAGGAUUCGGUGCGGUCGAUAGAAACGGGACUCUUCUCCUUGUGUCUGGAUUCUCCGGUCAUGAGGAUUUCAGAUGAGAAGUACGCCAGCCGUAAAGCGGCACAGGUUCUGCACGGAGGCGGGACGUAUUCAAACAGUGGGAACCGCUGGUUUGACAAAACGCUGCAGUUUGUGGUGGGAGAGGACGGCUCCUGGGGUCUCCUGUAUGAGCAGGCCACAGCUGAGGGUCCGCCCAUCGCCACGCUGCUGCACCACAUCCUGGAGUACUGUGAGAAACCAGAACCGAAGAGGGCGCCGCUCGUCCCGCUGCCGAUGCCCAAGAAGCUCUACUUCAACAUAGACCGGGAAAUCAAGUGGGACAUCGAGCAGGCCAAGCAGAACCUGGACAUAUUGAUCAACGACCUCGACGUCAAUGUGUUCAACUUCAAGCGGUUUGGUAAAGACCUUCUCAAAGCGCACAAGCUGAGCCCGAACUCCUGCAUCCAGGUCGCCCUGCAGCUCGCUUACUACAGAGUUCACAAUGAGCUCUGUCCGACCUGUGACAUCGCCUCACAGAGGAUGUUUAGAGGAGGAAGGACGGAGGUCAUUCGCUCGCCCACAGAGCAGUCCCUCAGGUUCAUCCUGGCCUUCGACGAUCCGGCUCUCACGAGGGAAGCGAAGCUGGAACUGUUCAGAGACGCUGUUGAUGCCUACUCCGCUCUGACAGACAAGGUCCUGGAUGGAUAUGGGAUUGACCGCCACCUGCUGGGCCUCAAGCUGCAGGCCAUCAAUGAGGGACUGAGCAUCCCCAAAAUCUUCAUGGACACAGCAUUUGGCUUCGCAACACACUGGAAGCUGCGCACAGGACAGAUGCCGACGAACACGGACAGCGUGAUGUGUUUCGGGCCCCUGGUCCCCGACGGUUACGCCGUGUGCUACAACCCGCAGGCCGACCACGUCCACUUCUCCAUCACCGCCUUCAACUGCUGCAAGGAGACCAACGCGGAAACGCUGGCCUCCACCCUGAAGGACUCGCUGUGUGUGCUGCAGGAGCUGCUCCAGCCUACCGUGUAGCGCUGCCGACGGCGUCCGGCCCGCCCCGCCCCGCUUUUUGUAAAACUUUUUGUACCAGACUCGACGAGGCUUUUUUUUUUCACGCCUCACUUGAGCAGGUUUUCUGAGGAGGCUGAAGACUGAUGUGCCGUUUGAUGCUUUAACACUUGGAAGUAAUAAAUGUAUUUCUGCAAAAAUCAAGCUGUUCUAUAGUUGCUUCAGUGAAUCGCAGUAAAAUUCGUCCCGACACUCCAGCAUUAGUCAAACCAAAGUAUGAUGACCAGUAGCCUCCUUGUAACAUUCAGACAAUAAAUGUUUCUUUUUUUUUCCCUCACAUACA